AUGGCAACUACAACCAUACAAGUCACGGAGCCCGCCACCCUCCGCUCUAAUGGAAAUCUCACGGUCCCCAACAUCAUUGAUCAGAGGGCCGCGUAUGAGCCUCUGAGAGAAGCGUGCUCCAUUCCCCGCACCGCCAAUCCUCGCGAUGGUUGGAGAAUCAUCACGUACAAGGAACUGGCCAAUUGUGUCAACUAUAUGGCCCAGGUGAUCUUGCAGAAUUACGGUGCACCUCCGAAAGACACCUUUCCCACAGUUUGCUACAUUGGGCCAAAUGACAUUAGAUACGGGAUUAUGAUUGUUGCCGCCAUCAAGGCUGGCUAUAAGUCCCUCUUCGUGUCCCCAAGAAACCCGCUUGAGGCACAAUUGAAUCUCUUCAAUCUUUCCAACUGCCAGAUUGUGGCACGCCCAAAGUCUCAUACUGCCGUGGUCGAUUUAUGGUUGAAGAACCGACCAAUGGAUGUUCUCGAAGUCGAGGACCUGGAAUCCAUCUUAGCACAGCCAGAGGUUCCCUCCAUCCCCUACACGAAGACCCAGGCCGAGGCCGAGUGGGAUCCCUUUGUCGUUCUUCACACCAGCGGUAGUACAGGACUUCCGAAGCCAAUCGUUGUCAAGCAUGGAUCUGUCGCCAUGACCGACACUCUUCGCCAAUUGCCCUCCUGGAAUGGCACUGUGCCCACUGGGCAGGCUAUGGAUGCCAGAACCAAACGGCAUUUCAGUCCCAGUCCUUUGAGUCAGGAGGCCGGCGACACGUUGGUCAGAAACGGAGUCCAUCUGAUUAAUAUCAUUGGUGCGACUGAGACUCUGCCCAUGUGCGUGUGGUACCAAAAGAACCCGGAGCUUUGGCAGUAUUUCAUUUACAAUGAUGAGUACUCUGGACUCGAAUGGCGCAGGGCAACAGGUGAAGACAACGUCUACGAGAUGGUCAUUACUCGCAAGUCGAAGCAAGUGCCAAUUCAAGGAAUCUUCUACACUUUCCCGGACAAGGAAGAGUACAACACCAGCGAUUUGUACAAGCCUCAUCCGACGCUGCCGAACCAUUGGAAGUUCUACGGCAGAGCGGACAACAUUCUCAACCUGUCCAAUGGAGAGAAGUUGAAUCCUACCGAUAUGGAAGACAUCAUCAUGGGCCACGCUGAAGUCCGGAACGCGCUCAUCGUUGGGGCCUGGAAGUUCCAGCCUGCACUCAUUGUCGAGCCGAUGACAUAUCCGAAGACCAAGGAGCAAGAAGACGACUUGAUUGACCGCUUGAUGCCGACAAUCGCCGAGGCAAACAAAAUCAUUGCUACACACGGGCGGCUUGUCAGACAUUUGAUCAUGUUGGCCAAGCCCGAGAAGCCGUUCCUCCUAGCUGACAAAGGAACUGUGAAGAGAGCCGCCACGGUCAAACUGUAUCACGACGAGAUCGAGGACCUUUAUGCCAACCCCAGGGAGAUUCCCCUCGACAGAGUUCCACGUCUUGAUCUCACCUCUGAGGCUGCGCUUGCCCAGUCGAUUGAGAAGCUCUUCCGUGAGCAUCUUGGAGUGCCUCGCAUGGAACCCAACACCGAUUUCUUUGCCGCUGGCAUGGACUCUCUUCAGAUAAUUACUGCUGCUCGACUUGUCACCGCAAGCCUUCGUGUCACGGACAAGUCUUACAGCGGAGCUAAUAUCGAAGCGCGCGACAUGUAUGCUCACGCAAGCCCUAUUCAGCUUGCCGGCCACAUCCUCCAGAACGUUGUUCGUGGCCAGGCAAAUGGAGAGGCCAGCUCCGAUGGUCCCAGCGUUGAACCCAUGAAGGAGCUCUACAAUCGCCUUUCACAGAACUUGAUCCAUGCCAAGUCUGGUAGACCGGAGGCUCGGAAGAGUAACCAGACUGUCAUCUUGACCGGAUCUACGGGUAACAUGGGCUCGUAUCUUCUCGACGAGCUGGUCCGGAACCCUCAAGUCAGCAAGGUCAUCUGUUUCAACAGAUCUCCCGAUGGAGGUGCUGGCAAGCAGGAGAAGGCCAUGGAGGAGCGCGGAUUAGUGUCUCCCAGCAAGAGCGGCAAAGUCGAAUUCUUCCACAUCAACCUGGCACAGCCAAACAUGGGUUUGCGCGAGGAGGUCUAUGGACGUCUUUUGAAGGAGGUUGACCGUGUGGUUCACAACGCCUGGGCCGUGAACUUCAACAUGCCCUUCGAGGCAUUUGAGCCUCACGUCAAAGGCGUGCGUAACUUGGCCGACUUCGCUGCGAAAGCAGACAGACGUGUUGUCAUGGUGUUUGUCUCUACCAUCGGCACUGUGAGUGGCUGGACUCCGGAUCGUGGUCCGGUUCCAGAGGAAUCUCUCCGAGGAGAUUGGAAGAUUGGCGGUGGUAUCGGAUACGGCAGGAGCAAGCUCGUGUCCAGCAUGAUCUUGGAAGACGCCGCAAAGGUCGGAGACUUCCCGUUGUCAGUGGUUCGCGUCGGACAGAUCGCUGGACCUCUUGCCGAGCAAGGUGCCUGGAGUCGUCAGGAGUGGCUGCCAUCCAUCAUCGCCAGCAGUCUCCACAUCAAGGCACUGCCAAAGAACCUAGCCACCAUGAACGAGGUGUCUUGGGUUCCCGUGGAAAUCAUGUCAAGAAUGAUCUUGGAUGUCGGCGGCCUCACAAAGGAAUCGACUGAGUACCACGAGGGAUACUUCACUGGUGCCAACCCCUCUCCGACAUCAUUUGAUGAGUUCGUGCCUUCUAUUCAGCAGUACUACGGCAAAAGCCGUCUUCCUGACCUUGUGACGUUUCCUGAGUGGGUCAAGCGUCUCGAGGCGAGCAAGACGGCCAGCAGAGAUUCAGGCGCCGAGCGCAACCCUGGGUUGAAGUUGCUGGACUUCUACCGCGGGGUAUCGCAGGGAGAUGAGAAGACGACGAAGGAGUUCAUCACAAAGAGGACAGCAGCAGCAAGUCCAUCUCUCCGGUCAGUAGGACCUGUCACGCCGGAGUUGAUGAUCCAUUGGUGCAAGCAGUGGAAGUACGAGACUCCUGCUUCAGCUCGUGCUGGUCGUUUGUAA